AUGGACGACUUUUCAGAUGAUGGAUUCGACGACCUCAACGCGAACGUCCUCGACGAGCUCGAAAACGGCGCCAUCCAGUUCACACAGGCCCAGAAGCUGGCCGACCCGACCCAGGCCAGUCUGAAAGAUGAAGACUACGACGACGACGACCUGGACGAUGCCAUUGUCACUGACGACCUCCGUGGCAAGUCCCUGUUGCCCUCCGCUGCCACCGCAGACCCCUACGUCACAACAUCCUCGAGAAUUGUUCCGCAGCAGCUGUCUCAGCAGAAUGGAUGGGCGGCUACUCACGCGCCAGCAUCGGCGAGCCAAUUCCGCCCCCAGGCGAUCACUACCACGGGCCGCCCGCCUGCCCAGGUGACUCUGAGAACGAGACCGUCGCAGCCUGCGGGACAUGCUCCUAUGCGCCCGCCGCCUCUGCCUCGACCCAACACUGCCGUCCCGUCUCGAUAUCAGGCCUCCCAAGCUGCCCCGCGCGAGGGCCCAUCGGUUGAGGAGUUUGCCGCUCUGCAGGCCGAGCUACUCAACCUUCGCCAGAAGGUCUCCCAUCGCGAUGGAGAGAUCGAUAUCGUCCGGAAGAACAUGGAGAGGCACAAGCGGGAGCACGAGCAGGAACUGCAGGCCCUCAAGAAACAAUCUGCCGAACUGGCUGCCAAGUCGGAGAGGGCCGUCGAGGCUGCAAAGUUUGCCCAGCAGACGGCCGCUACGGAGCUGGAGUUUACGAGACGAGACCUCCGAGAGGAGCUCGAUCGCGCCAAGAGGAAAGAGAGGGACGGUGGUACCCCCAAGAAGAACCCAGCUGCUAAGGCCUGGGGCGUUUCUGAUGGUUUCGAAGAUGUUGAGAUGGCCGGAAGUCCAAGCCGAGGCAACAGGGGCCGGAAUCAAGGCGGUGUUGCCAGCGUCAUGCCGGAUCCUCCAGCUAGGCUCACUAGGACGCCGACCAAAGGCAAAAGGAAACGACCUAUGACUGUCGACAGUCCCGUCAUGGCACUCGAGACCACUGACGAUGUGGUCAUGGCCGACGAAGGCGAUAGCAAUGCUGUGUCCAAGAGCUUCAACGCGGCACUGGCGCCCACUCCGCCUCCAAGAAGGUCGUUCUUCGACGAUUUCCUGAAGAUCAUUCUCAAUCAUAGUUCUGGCAAGGGAAGGCCUUUGACCUUUGAUUACCUGGCUGGGUUUGCCCUACCCUCCAAGCCUACCGACAGUCUGGCAUCAAUCCUCUUCCAGAAGCUGGCCGUGAUCGGGGACCCCAGCGACUCAAUGCGGUUGCCGAUCGAAUUCUGUGAUCGGGUCAUCGACUUGUGGCUACAGUGUCGGAAGGAGGGAUGUCUGGCCCCUAUUUCGGAGCUUGUUUCUCUGGUCGCUUUCACAUUACAACUCAACACCAUUGCGAUCGCACCUCACAUUGCCGAAGCUUUGGUUGCGGCGGCCAUGGAUUCUUUAUAUGAAAUAGGAACACCGCGCCUGCAUAACCAGAGCACGACGGGAGACCCGGCGGACGCCACGUUCUUGAAUCUGAAGGAGAACAUCCCAACAUCCGCCAUACUCUCGGUGCUGUACCUGACUGCACUUGGCUGUGCGACAACGCCGCCCAUGCGUGGGACAUUAUCAAGUUCCAUUGUGCAUUUCUGGAAUUGUGUUCACCCCGACUUCAUAUUGAUGAUGAUCCGUAACCACAACCAGCCAGUAGACGACUUCAUCACAACGAUGCACCUUUUAUGCACCUCAUCAUUCGAAGACUCGAUCGGCCCAAUAUCGACGACGCCGAAUCGCACCAUGGAUCUUGUGGCCCCUGCAACCAUUGAGCGGCUUACCUUCCACCUCAUCGAGACCCGCCAAUGGAAUGCUGGGCCUGAAAAGGGCCGGUCUGUAUGCUUUGCCAUAUUACGAACGCUAGCAGCAUUUGCGCGGUCGCCGUUCGGGAUGAACCAGCUUGCGACCCACGACUAUGCUAUUCCCAGGCUCGUCAUGUUCCUCAGUUGGUCGAUUGACGAGAUGUACGACGGGAACUACGCCUCCUCAUCAUACGUGCUCCCUGAUCUGGAACCGUUGUCACCGAAGCAAAGCACCCCCGCAGAAGCAAGCCUGUCGAGCGUGGCGCCGUCACAUCCUGAUGAGCUACAGACGCUCAUUGCGCAGUCGAUGCUCCUACUACAUACGAUUAUCACGAACAAGGACAACAGAAACAGUAUUAAUGUAUCGAACAAACUAGCUAAAUUCACUGGUGGCACCCAGAAGUAUCUGCUGAGUCUAGCGAGGCUCAACUUUGCCGAGGAAGGGGUCAGUGAGGAGACGGCAGAGCUGGCGCACGAGCUGCUUGAGCUCGCUGUCACGGAAGAGGAGGGCGCGGAGCUGGGCGACUUCUUUGGUGGCUGA